CCAAACGUUUAGAAACUUCUCUCUGAAAAUAUCCCAUCCCCUUUUUUCGAGAACUUUCUUCUCCACCACCCUAAAUAUCCAUUCAACACUCAAAAUCUCCAUAAAUAGCAAAAAACCCUUUCCUUAAACAGCCCGAAAUCUCCAUAAAUAGCUUAAACAGCCCGAAAUUCCAAGUCACUGACCCACUCUUAAUUCUAGAAUCUAGCUAUUUGGAGCAAAAAUGGAUGACAGAGUGACAGUCAAGCUUGAAGAAGAGACGCCGGCGCCGAUGGAAGGGCUGCACGAAGUGGGUCCGCCUCCGUUCUUGUCGAAAACGUAUGAUAUGGUAGAAGACCCUUCCACUGACGAGGUCAUUUCUUGGAGUGCGGCGAGGAACAGCUUCAUCGUUUGGGACUCUCACCAGUUCUCCACAACCCUCCUUCCUAGGUAUUUCAAGCACAGUAAUUUCUCCAGCUUCAUCCGCCAGCUUAAUACUUAUGGUUUUCGGAAAGUGGAUCCUGAGAGAUGGGAAUUCGCAAAUGAGGGUUUCCUCGGAGGGCAGAAACAUCUUCUGAAAACGAUCAAGAGGAGGAGGAAUGUUGCACAGAGUAUGCAUCAACAAGGAACCGGUCCGUGUAUUGAAAUAGGGUAUUUCGGUAUGGAAGAAGAGCUAGAGAGACUAAAGAGGGAUCGGAACUUGUUGAUGACGGAGAUAGUUAAACUUAGACAGCAGCAGCAGAGUUCCAGGGCUCAAAUCGUGGCGAUGGAGGAAAGAGUAAGGAACACCGAGAGGAAGCAUCAGCAGAUCAUGAGUUUCUUAGCCAAGAUUUUCUCCAAUCCUUCGUUCUUCCAGCAAUAUCUCGACAAGUAUGCCCUGAAGAAAGAUCAGAGACGUGUUGAAAUCGGUCAAAAGCGGAGACUGACAAUGACACCAAGCGUGGAGAAUUUGCAGGAUAUUGAUUCGGUUGCUAUGCAAAGUAGCCAAGAGCCCGAAGUAGACCUCGAGAUAGAGACAGACGUGGGUAGCUUGAUAUCCGCUGCACUGGACAAUGAAUCAAGCAGCAUUAUGAAUCAAUCUUCCUUUGCAUCAACAAGCGGUACUAAUAUUACCGAGGAUCUUGUGCCCGAUAAUAUCUGGGAGGAGCUGCUCGGUGAAGGACUCAGUAAUGAAGCAGAAGUUGAUGUGGAAGUCGAGGAUUUGGUUGCAGCAGCGGAGACACCCGAAUGGGGUGAUGACUUACAGGAUCUUGUAGAUCAUAUGGGAUAUGAGGAUAUCUAAAGCCAAAUCCUUGAAAGUUUCUGGUCUCUACAUCACUGUUCACAUUCUUUUUGGUUAGGACUUAGGAAGCUAGGAAAAUGUUAUUAUCAAAUUUUGAAGUCCAAAGUAAUAUCAGAUGAACAUCUCAUUCA